CCUUUGGUAUAUUAAAUAUGAAACGUACCCGACUUGAAAUAUCUCAUCUCAAGAAUUCUCUUGACUCUGAGCAUAUUUAACUAAACAAGUAGACCAAAAGCGAGAGAGAUGCAGGAGAAGAUGGCGAAAUCAAGGUUCCAAAGGGUUUGUGUUUUCUGUGGGAGCAGUACUGGCAAGAGAACUUGCUACAGUGAUGCUGCCCUGGAACUAGCCCAAGAGUUGGUAUCCAGGAGGUUGGAUCUUGUUUACGGAGGUGGAAGUAUUGGAUUAAUGGGCUUAGUUUCUCAGGAGGUACACCGCGGUGGUGGCCAUGUUUUAGGAAUUAUCCCCAAAACUUUGAUGAGCAAAGAGAUAACUGGAGAAACAGUUGGGGAAGUCAGGCCUGUAGCCGACAUGCACCAGAGGAAAGCCGAGAUGGCCCGCUACUCUGACUGUUUUAUUGCCCUUCCAGGUGGAUACGGAACUUUGGAAGAGUUAUUGGAAGUCAUUACAUGGGCCCAGCUAGGAAUCCACGACAAGCCUGUGGGUUUGCUUAACGUGGAGGGGUACUACAACUACCUCCUCUCAUUCAUAGACAAAGCGGUGGACGAUGGGUUUAUCAAGCCCUCUCAGCGCCAUAUAGUCGUCUCGGCUUCGAACGCUACAGAACUUGUUCAAAAGCUCGAGGAAUACGUGCCAGUGCAUGAUGGGGUGGUUGCUCAGGCCAAGUGGGAGGCGGAACAAGUGGAGCGUAAUACUUGUUUUCAGACGGAUAUUAGUCGUUGACUGGACGCAUAUAUGAUCGCUGAAAAAGUAGCCACGUUUGAACUUCCUUGUACUUAUAUGUAUCGGCUAGGAGGUGAGGAGGAGAGACUCCUCCAUUAAGUCAAUAAAGAAAUUGAAAAAAUAAAAAUAAAAAUUAAGCAAGCA